AUGAAGCUCUUUCAAUAUAUCUUCGUUUUUGUUUGGCUGACAAUCCUUGCUCAUGGGUUUCCAACCACAAUGAUAUCAGAUCCCAUAUGCAUGUUACCUCACGAUAGGACUCUUAUGGUCAAAACAUUCCAGAGUUUGUUGGGGGUCAAGAAACUACCAAAACGAUUUCAAAAGUUUCCUACAAAAUUUACUGGGUUUAGGUUCCAUAAAUCAUAUCAAUUCUAUCAUAGGUUUUUUAAGGCACGUAAGGCGCUCAAAAUUAGCUAUUGUAAGGAUGGCCAUCUUCAAUUCCAGAUCGAACAUACUUUACAGAAGGAAAUAGAUUGGGAAGUACCAUUUUGUAUUUACAAUGCACCAAUUACUACGGAAAAAACGUCUAAGCUGCAGGCGCUUAAUAAUCUACAUGCGUUAAAAUGUUUCAAAUUAGCUAGGAGAAAGAAGUACGCCAAACGGUUGUUUGACAUAUUUUUACCAGAUACCUGGGUUGGAGGGUUAUUCCAUUGUAAGGUUAGUGAUGAUGUGAAAAAAAGGUUAAUCCUGAUAAUGGAUGAUAAUCUUGACCUUGGCCGCUCCUUACAGUACGGAAAUAAUCAUACUAAUUCAUUGUUUAAUAUGACGAAUAUCUGUACAAGGGAAAAUUCAACACCAUUACAACCUUUGAUGUCAUCAGACUAUAAACAGUAUUGGACGAAUUACAAGUCAGAGAGUAAGAUUCCCUUGGUGAGUCAGAUAUACAAAAUGCAAGUUGAAAAGAUAAUCCCAUUCUUUGAAACGCCAGUAAAUACUCUGAAUGAAGGACGCAUAAAUUGGGGAUUCCCACUAGAAGAACAAUUUGCAUCUAUGUUUAAUUUUUGGAAACUGAAUAGCAGACAGCCUUGGUACGAAGAGAUAGAGGUGCAAGAACAAUAUAAUUUUGGAGAAUUAGAACAGAAAGCUGUCAGUACGAUGAUCGACAAAUCAAUAAAAGUAUUGGAGCCUGUAGUACAACUUCAGCAAGCUGUAACUUCCUCUAUGUUGAAUGCCUCUGGGCUAAACGACAAGGACACCAAAUCGUCUUCAACGCUCAAAACAAUUAUACGAUCGGUUUCGAAGUGGAAGCAAUACACAUGGGAUCGCCUAGGCAUAUCUGAUAGGAUAGCAAUCAUGAUAGGUCCAGAAGCACAUGAAUUGAGUCAGGAAAUUAAAGAUCUAUGGGAUAAUUUGAAGGUUGAGCGUGAAAAGUUCGAAUAUAGCAAUGAAGAGCAACAGAAAAAUUGCAUGAGAUAA